UUUUCUCUGUGGUAUUUGCUGCUGUAGUAACAGCGGUAGUUUGUUCCAUUUAGAAAGGAAGUAAGGCUUGGUAGAGGCGGGUGUGGGAACUUGAAUCACUAUAACAAGAACAGUUAAGGGUAUUAAAAGGUCUCUUGUGAGUUGUUUUUAAUGGAAGGAAAUAGUAAAGGGUGACGCUGUAUUAUCUUGAGUUUGGGUUUAAAUCCACCUUCAGCCAUAUAGCUCACGUGAGAUGGUCUUGGGCCCGUUGUUUUAUUCCAGCCUAGUCCUCCCUCAUAGGGUUGUUGUGAGGAUAAAAUGGAGAGUCAACGCGUGUGCACCUUCAUCUCCUUGGCAGAAGGGUGGCAUAAGAAUAAAAAAAAACUUGAGCUAAGAGGGCUGAUUGGGGCUAGUGAGAUGAGAGACAAGUGAGUGUGUGGGGUAUUCCUUGUUUGUGGGGAUGAGUGGGAGGGAUCCUGAAGGAAAUGCUCUCGUUUGAUAGUGGGUUUUAUGGGUUUGUUUAUAUUGUGGAUUUUAGCUGGAGUUAUGAUGUUCUUGUAAUAAGUGGUGGCAUAGCUGUGUUAGCCUGCAAUCCUGAUCCCACUUACAGGGGAGAAAGUCUAUUGGACUUAGUGGGACCUACUUCUGAGUAAAUGCAUAUAGUCCAAGCAUAACCAUGUUUACCCAGAGGUAAGUCCUAUGGAGUUCACUGGGGCUUACUCCCAGGUAAGUGGGGUUAGGACAGCAGGCUUCACAGUACCAAAACCCAUGCUGAGUCUUGUGACUUGUCAUAACAAAUCUCUCUUUCUUGUUGGUUCGUUUUACAAAUGGAUAAACCUUCAUAACCUGAGGCCAUCAAAGCAGGCAAGGAUCCGCUAACCAUGGCAUCCAUAGCUGACACAUCUCUGUUAUCAGCCGAGCUGCAGGAGGAGGAGGAAGAGGAAGAAUUCCAGCGUCUUCUCCUCCAGGCAACCCAGAAAAUCCAGCGCUCCAUGCCGUCUGCUGCGGAGUCAAAGCCCAUCCAUCCGCUCCCAGGAUUCUGCCUUAAAACCCGCACAAGUUCUGGUGAGAAGGUCUUCGUCAAUGUCUGCAGGUCCUCCCACAUCCCUCCUCCUCCUGACCUGACCAAUGAAGAGCUCGCUUGCCUCAUUGAGUCGGAGAACGCCUCCACUUUCAGGAUCCCCAUGAGUCUGGGAGAGCCCCAUGCAGAAGUGGACAAGAGUGGUAAUGGUUGCACUGCAUAUGAUGUCACCAUCAGCACCAGCUUUUACAACAAGAUAGAGAACAACCGCUUCCUCAAAGAUUUCUUUAUCACCGUAGCCAUGGAAGGACUGUCAGAGAAAUAUGAGAUGGAUGUCAGCAGUCAAGAAUGGCGGAUUCUGAAGAAUCGGAAGUUUAUGGGCUCCAUAGCAGAGCAGACCAUCCGCACCAAAUCCAAACCAAUUAUCCAAGAGAUGGAUACCAGCCAAAUCAAAGAGGAAACCAGUAACCCUUUUCAGUCACCUGCGUCGCCAAGUGCUGCCACAAUUCCUGAAUUCGCCAUAGUUGCUGAGCCAUCUAUCAGUCACCCUGACCGUCUAGUAGCGAAAAUCAGCCUCCCUAAAAUGAUCACAGUGAGAUCCCUUGAGCUGGACCUGGGAGAGGACCGAAUUGUGUUACAGGGACAUCCCAAGCUCUACCAUUUGGACAUCUUCAUUCCCUACAGCAUUGUCCCUGAAGAAAGUAGGGCCCAGUUCCAUAGAAGGACCAAGGUCCUCACUGUAGUGAUGCCCAUCCAGCGCCCUUUGCUGUUGCCCUAAGCUCUGAGGAGAGAAUCUGAAGGAGUGAUCAUCCCAUGGGCUGGGAGAGCUGUUAUGAGACAUAUACUACCCUGUGUAGGAAAAGGCAGAGUGUGAUGAAUGGAAAUCUGGGGGAAAGGGCUGGACUUUGGUCAAGGGUGGCAAUCCUUAUGGCUCUGUAGCUAAGUACCUACAAACACACAUGUUAAAUGGGAUCCAGAACUUGCCUCCAUCUCCCCACCCACUAUUUGUGUUUUCCCCCUCCACCCUCAGCAGCUGUUGUUGUUUGCUGCAUCUUAUUCUCUCCUCUUUCUCAGUCCAUAUGUAUAUACGUCUGCAAUCGCUCAGUUUAGCUCUAUUCUCUUGGUCUGUUUUGAAGGGGAGGCGGCCCUCCCCUUCCAUGAGGCCUGGCUCUGUGCCUCCAAGCCUCUCCCUCUCGUUAAGGAAAACAGAGGCCCUGACCGGAGUUGAACAUCCUGAGGCCUUGAGUGCCACUGCAGCAAAAUGGGACAGGAAGGAAGUGGUCAAAUAGGCUGCAUGCUACUUCAGACUGUAGGUGGUGGAGAUGCACUCUUUUAAUGUUUCCCUGCAGAUAGAAAACUAGCACAGCAAAAAAUGGGCUAGGCUAAAAGCUUCCUUCUAUGCAGGGGGGAGCAUUCAGAAAUGGAAUCCUCACCUGCAGUCUGGUGUGGUCUAGUCCAGUCCUCCCCGCCCUUGUUUGACAGCAGUUGGAGGCCCUUUGUUUUUCUUGUGACCCUGAUCUAAAUAAGAUGCAGGCAUUUCUGAACCUUUUAAUCAUAAGCCAGACUAUUAAAUAGUUUUAUUUUUACUCAUAAGGGAGAACGUUGCUCUUCCUCCUCUGGUUCUGGGCUGUGGAGCUUUUGAAAGGAAUCCUUCCUACAGAGAUACAUUCAGUUCCACUGUAUUAGCGGUCCAGGCUCACUGAGGCUCUACACUCUAAAGUUCUCAGCCUCCCAGUUAAUCUAACACACACGCCCCCCUCUUAGUUCUGCACAUGUUGUCUUUCUGAUGGAUCCUGCUGCAGGAGCCCUUACCUACCCUGUUAUGCUGAGCGGUCCCCUGCAAAUGCACUGCCCAGGCCAAAUGUCCUACCUCUUCUAAUGCGUGGGUUGCCCACUGAUUUGUAUUUUCAGAAUAGUUUUGGUACAUUGUACCCAGACCUCUUUGCAAUGUUGUUUUGAGACCACUCCUGCGGUCAUUGUGCAAACUUCAUUAUCGGAGGCCUUCUGUUCAAACCCUGUUCAGGUUUCCUGGAAAGCUUCAAGGUUUCUAGCUCUUAUAGUUCCAAAGUCUGAAAUAACACACAUGGUUGCGGUGUAUGAGCACCUGUUUCUAAGCCAAAGGAAAUGUUCGGGUAUUGCUUGUCUUUGGUAAAAAGGUGAAGGCUCAUUUAUGACACUCUUUUUUUAACUUUUGCCCCACUCUGCAACCUCCCAAUUUUUUUCACUUUUAAUGUGUCAUAACUUGCCAUAAGUGUAGGACUUGAGAAAUAGAUUUUAUUUAAAUCUCACCUGCACCUGCCCACACUUCCCCAGCUUGUAUAUUUUAUCUCUGUGUAGGUUCUUGAAGCAAAUAAGUGUGAGUUAAGAUAACACAGGCAUUUGCCACAGUUUUUUGCACUGUCAUCUUUCUCACCCUGCCUUCUCAGCCGAGAGGAGGAAGAGAGAGGGCCCCGUUCCCGUGCUUGUGGUGGUCUAGGGAGGAUGGUGCUGCUUCUCUCUCGGGGAGACGGGGAGGGCAGCAGGGGUUGAGCCGUUUAUUUCCCUGUUUGCUACCCAGUAAAAUGUUUCAUUGUUUCAACUUGUGUGUGGACUUAUGGGCAGCCAAAAAAAGGUACUGGUACUUUGAACCAGUGAGGACUGUCACAAAAAAGCCACAAUGAUUAAAUGUGAAGUUUCAAGCCCA